CACAGGCGGGGCUAGAGCGGCACCAGGUGCAGAGCAGUAGAGUCGGAGCCGGGGCGGGGAUAGAGAGGCCCUUGGCGGACCUGGUUGGGGCAUCAUGUCUUACGCCUAUCUCUUCAAAUACAUCAUCAUCGGGGACACCGGUGUCGGGAAAUCCUGUCUCCUGCUGCAGUUCACCGACAAGCGCUUCCAGCCCGUCCACGACCUGACCAUCGGUGUGGAGUUCGGAGCUCGGAUGAUCAACAUUGACAGCAAACAGAUCAAGCUGCAGAUCUGGGACACAGCCGGGCAGGAGUCUUUCCGUUCCAUCACCCGCUCCUACUACCGUGGUGCAGCCGGAGCACUACUGGUCUAUGACAUCACCAGGAGGGAGACCUUUAACCACCUGACCUCGUGGCUGGAGGACGCUCGGCAACAUUCCAGCUCCAACAUGGUCAUCAUGCUUAUUGGCAACAAGAGUGACCUGGAGUCCCGGCGGGAUGUGCAAAAAGCAGAGGGAGAGGCCUUCGCGCGGGAACACGGGCUGGUCUUCAUGGAGACCUCAGCCAAGACAUCCACCAACGUCGAGGAGGCCUUCAUUGACACAGCCAAGGAAAUAUACAGGAAGAUUCAGCAGGGGCUCUUUGACAUCAACAACGAGGCGAAUGGCAUCAAGAUCGGGCCCCAGCAGCCGUCGGGGGCAGCUCCUGGCACCGGCUCUCGCCACAGCCCCCAGGGCUCAGGAGACAGCUCGGGCUGCUGUUGAGCCCCGCUUUGAUGCCAGUGCCCCCGGAGUGGGGGGGUCACCCUCUGCUCCCCUGGGGCUGAGACCAGCCCACCCCAGUCCCUGGUGGGGAAGAUGGCUCCCUGGCUGAGCCGUGGAGGUGGGAGGGGGCUCGUGACUCCUAUCCCUACCCCUUGGAGGGGAACAGGUGUCCUCUGACACACGCCUGGGGGGUGGUUAAAGACCCUGCCCAUGGUUCCACACCCCCAAACAUUCCUUUUUGUGGAAGUGGGGGAGGGCAGAGCCUGGUCUGGAGUCUCCCCCCAUCAGUGCCUUUUCGCUUCAGCUGCAUCUCUUGCUGCCUGGGCCCCGGUGAGGCCUCUGCUUCCCUAGGGCUUGUGGGUCCCAACUGCCCCCCCCCCCACCCUGUUUGUGUGUUCCUGGCCAGGUGCCCAGCCGCCACCCCUCAGCCUGUAUCGGCUUUUAUUGUGUACUCCCUCUCUGUGGCUCCUCAUCUUUUAUUAAACAUGUGCAUGUCUGUAACCCGCA